AUGGCAGAUGACGAACAGGAGACGUACAAACUGUGGAGAGUGAGAAAGACCAUUAUGCAGAUGUGUCAUGAUCGUGGUUAUCUCGUAACCCAAGAAGAGUUGGAUCAAACUCUUGACGAAUUCAAAGAGAUGUUCGGAGAGCAUCCAAGUGAACGGAAGCCAGCUCGUAGCGAUCUCACCAUCCUCGUUGCACACAACGACGACCCAACAGAUCAAAUGUUUGUUUUCUUCCCGGAGGACACAAAGAUUGGAAUCAAGACAAUCAAAGCGAUAUGUCAGCAAAUGCAAGAGCAGACCAUCACGAGAGCGAUCAUUGUUGUUCAGAAUGGAAUGACCCCUAGUGCAAAACAGGCGAUCGCGGAUAUGGCUCCUAAAUAUAUUCUUGAACACUUCCUUGAAUCGGAGCUUAUGGUGAAUAUCACCGAACACGAACUUGUUCCAGAACAUGUCGUCAUGACCAGUGAUGAGAAGGCAGAGCUGCUUGCCAGAUACAAGCUGAAGGACACGCAACUGCCCCGUAUUCAACUCUCAGACCCAGUUGCAAGGUAUUUCGGAUUGAAACGAGGUCAGGUGGUUAAAAUAAUUCGACCUUCCGAGACAGCUGGUCGCUACAUUACGUACCGUUUGGUGGUUUAG